UCUGUAUAUCAUUUCAUCAUCACUGAAUAUAUCAAGGGACCGAGACACUUUGAAGAUGAAGGUUAUCGCUUAAAAUUCAUUAUUUUGAGUAUAUGUUUCACUAGAUGAUGGAAACGAAAGCAGGAAAGUCCUUUCUUAUAUGUAGGAAAAUAUUUGUUAUGUUUUAAAGCAUUUGAAAUUCUUGUUAAGGACUAUAAACAAAUACAUGUGGACUUAUUUUAAACCAAAGUGAAAUACGAUCCGAUGUACUGUGCAAGGUUAAAUUGCAUGGUUGCAAACAUUAACAUAUUGUAGCUGAAACACAUUCGUCGAAGUAAAGCAAUGAAAACAAAUACAGUAGACGUUUUAAAACUUGGAUGCCAUAAACCCUGUGACAGGAAUAAAUUGUGUAAGAACAUCAAGUGUGUAAACCUUUGAAUAUAAUUAAAAGACGCAUGCGCCCAUCCUUGACUGCAGUUGAAAACAGCACGACAGUUGUAGGGAUUUUAGAUGUUCUUAGACGUGCAAGUUGACACAAGAAGGAUAACCGUUUGUACUGUUUAAAUCAGAGAAGAAAAAAUGAUCGAGCUUGUGGCAGUAGUGGUAACGCUCGUUCUACUGUAUCUAUGGCAACGGAACAACAGUACCGGAAAUAGCAGUAAGACACUCCCGCCAGGGCCGGAACGGACUCUGAUUGGUGGAAAUUUAAAGGACCUUGACGUGGAUAGGGUUCACCAGAGCUUACACAGUCUGUCACAUAAAUAUGGACCAAUCGUUAGCCUGCGUCUGCUGAAGAAAAAAAUCGUCGUCCUUAAUUCUGCUGACGUCAUCAAUAAGGCGUUUGCGUCAGAAGAGAACAAGGCACUGCUGAACGAUAAAACUAAAGGUUUCUAUGGCACAUACCUGGUCUACGGCCAUGCAGACGUUUUACUUGGACCGUACAGCGCACUGACGUUCCGUAUCAAGGACGUUAUGUAUCAAGGUCUCCGGCCGUCCAUGGCUCCGGCGGAAAUCAGGGCCGAGUGUUUGGGACUGGUGCAGAGUCUGGCAGAAAGCGGAGGGCGAGACUUUGACCCCUCAAUUAUUGUUGAGAAACUCUUGGCUGAGGUGACGUCAAAAGUUAUAUGUGGUCAUGUACGGGAAGGUGAUGCAGAUGUGAUGUGGGACUUUGUCGACUGGUCCAAUAAGCUCCUUAACCCCUCCAUGGAAGGUUGGUUAAAGAAUUUCCCCUAUUUGAGACACUUCCCGUGUAAGUCCGGCAGACUUUUCCAAACUGUGAAGACCAAGAGGGACCAGCUUAUGAAGAGAUACUUGGAUGAUGCAAGGGAGAGCUAUAAGUCGGGGCUCAUAAGAGGUAUGGUGGACACUUGUUUCCACAUACAGAGCAGCGAGAAGGGACCUGAUGGAAACUCUUGGCUUUCUGACGAUAUGAUCCGGGCAACAAUUCUUGACACCAUAGGCGCAGGGCUAGUUUCAACACGAAACUCGAUAAUGGCGACGCUGUUGAAUUUGCUGCAUAACAAGGAAUGCACUGAGCGCAUGCGAGAGGAAAUAUCGCGAGAACUCAAAUCUCACAUUACAUCUGGUGGAGAUGAUAUGAAAAAGAUGCCAUACAGUCAUGCUGUUAUCUUGGAAACCCUUCGCCUGUCCUGUGUUGUACCUAUUGUUAGCCAUUAUUGUUCGACAAAGGACGUCCAAUUUAACGGCUAUACGAUUGAAAAGGGCACUAUGGUUUGGGGCAAUAUCUGGUCCUGUCACCAUGACGAUACGUGGGGAGAUCCCUGGAGCUUCCGACCAAAACGCUUCCUUACAGAAGAAGGAACCGUGCUGCCAAAAAGUCACAAACUUAUGAAGGCUUUUAUGCCACUUGGUGUCGGGUGCAGGUAUUGUGUCGGUUCAGACAUCGCCAUUCAGCGGAUAUUUGCAUACAUUACCACAAUAGUUCAACAGUUUGAUAUCUAUCCGCCAAAAGACAGCGAACUACUUUCCAACGAUCCAAACCUGUUCACCGCCGGCGCAGUGUUGCAAUUAGACAGAUUUAAUUGCAGAAUGAUAAGGCGAUGAUGAAGAAUAAAGGUGUAUUGCAUCAUUUGUAAUAAUAGUGAUACAGGAGAUAUAUGUCAUUCUAUAAAAAACGAAAGUACUAAGAGUGAAUUGUUAUCAUGCCAGACCUGAAUAAUACAGUUCAAUUGUAUUAAAGAGGAAUAUCUCCCUCCUCAAAACAUUGUUACUUCAGUAUAUUACUUUAAGUAUUGCAAGUUAUUUGUUAUUUCCCAGCAUGGCAUUGUAUAUGAUUAUCUUAGACUCAUUGUCACUGUUUCUAUUUAUAUGAAUGCAUACUUAAUUGAAACGUAACUAUUAGAAAUAGUGUUUUUUGUUGAUACUACUAUAAUUCUUUAUAGUUUCAUAUUUAUAGUGUUUUCGUUGUAUAUAUGUUUAUAUCGUAUUACAAUUUAAAUCAUAUUAUGAGGAACACAUUUGUGUUCAAGUAACUUAAUAAAUGUCAUUCGGAACACCUCGGCCAUUUUCCAUCGAAAACAACCAAGGAUGUAUAUGGACGGCUUACAAUGUCAGAAAAUCUUUAUAUUUAACUACGCUGCAAGAAGAUCGCGUAGUCAUUUCAAUUUGGCUGUUAUAUCUAAGGACUUUAUUGAUGGGAAUUUAAAUUACUUAUACAUUUAUACAAUAAUACACCUCACUCGCAAUCAAUUUGAACCCAAUACUACAAAAUACACACUUAAACAAAACACUUAAUUAAAAAGAUUGUCUAUAAGUUAAAGAACUAUUCCUACUGAUGAAUCUGCAUACAUUCGAGGUUGUUUACGAUGGAAAAUGACCGAGGAGCUCCGACUGAAUAAUGUUUGGCAAAAAAUAUAAAGCCUGUGAUCAAUCUCCUACGUAGUAACCUCCCUUGACAUGCAGAGAAGUAAUCUCUGCCACAACGUACAGCCAUACCUGGAUCUCAACAAUAAACUGAAUUUUUUAGAAAAGUAUUUUAUUUUAUCUCAUUGAUUUAUUGUUUUGUUUGAAUAUUUAAAAUAUCAAGCAUUCAUUGAAAUAAGUAUUUAAAUGAUACAUAUCGACCAAGUAUUAUUGCGAACUAUUAAACCUGUUUUUCAUUCUAUUUGUCUGAUAUUGAAAUCGAUGAUACUGAUGAUGUUCACGAUUGAAUGAAAAAUACCGAAGCUAUUCAUUCUAUAGCAUUAUUAGCUUAAAGGCCUAGUUUAAUCCUUCUAUAAGUGACCCCCCCCCCCUCCAAAAAUAAAAAAAAGUUGUCAAAACGUUCAAUCUGUAGGACUGUACAGCUUUAAGAUAAUAAAAAGGCUGAGACAUUCUGAACUUUAUUUUAAUUUUUUUUAGAUGGAAUUAAGCAAAACAGAAUCCAAUAAUAAGAAAAUUAGCACUGAUUGUUGUUUUCGUUAAUGUUCAAUGUUUAGUGACAAUAUUCAAAAUCUCAAUCGAAAAUAAGUUGAGAGCAGUUUUUGUAGGUAUCUUUAUUUUGAUAGUGAUGAUAGAAUUUUUGGAGAACUACAGUUUCCAAUCACUGCGCAGGAAAUCAAAAAAGUUACCAGAGAGUUUAAGAAAGACAAAACUAUUUUAACAGUAUUCCCCAUACCGAAUUUUUCCCUGAACGGUGGAAUGAAGGUAUUAUAGAUGCUUAUCUCCUUAAUGUAAAUAAUUAUAGAAGCAUAACGCUUGUUAUGUCCCUUUAAUCUGUACAUGUUCACUUCAUAAACGCAUCUCAGACUUGGAUGGAAAUAAUGAUGUCAUAAGUGAUGUUCUGUAAUGUUGUCUGAGAAAAUCACUCAUGACGCCAGCAUUUCAGCCCUGACAGUAAUGCGUUUAUUUAAUACAAGUUCUGUUCUUUUUAUUAUUAUUGUUGUUGCUGUUAUUGUUGUUGUUGUUGUUGUUGUAGUAUUAUAUAAAUGUAUAUUGUAUAGCAAUUAAUAUCAUGUAAUGAAGAAUGUAUUUUAAUUGCUUAAUAAAACAAAUCUUUAAAAUAAAAAGUACAUCA